UGACGAUCCUGCCCCAAACGUUACGUCGUCUCUGCUUGAAGAUUGCUGUGCAAAAUUAUACAAACGUUACGUCGUCUCUGCUCGGCUAAAGUCGUAACCUUUAAUGACAUUUUCUUCAUUGAGUAGAAUAUGAUUCUUCGAUUGAAGAACCACACCCUCGGAAAACCCAAACCAUCUGCUUCCUGCUUGUUUUCCUCCGUUUUCCGGCGAAAUUCCCAGUCGCAUGUCCGUACAAAAUCCGAUCACGGUGACCGUCGGGGAUGUUACGAGGGAAACGCAUACGCCGAAGGGAAAAGGGAACAAGAGAGGUUGUAUCUGUACAAGAGCAAAGGUCAGCACCUUCUUACGAACAACAGAAUCCUCGACGCCAUUGUCUGUAGCUCCGAUGUCAGGACGACAGACACCGUACUGGAGAUUGGACCCGGAACUGGGAAUCUCACGCUGAAGCUUCUACAAGCUGCCCAGAAUGUCGUAGCCGUGGAGGUGGACAAGCGGAUGGUAGAGAUUCUCCACAAGCGUGUUGCAGAACUUGGGUUUGAAGACAAACUCACGGUUAUACAAAAGGACGCUCUCAAGGCAGAGUUCCCUCGGUUUGAUCUGGUGGUUGCAAACAUUCCGUACAAUAUAUCUUCUCCACUUGUGGCUAAACUUGUGUACGGCUCCAACACGUUUAGGAGCGCCACGCUUCUGCUUCAAAAGGAGUUUGCGCAGAGGCUACUGGCAAAUCCAGGGGAUGCUGAUUUCAACAGACUGGCUGUGAAUGUGAAGUUGAUGGCCCACGUCGACUUUGUGAUGGAUGUAAGUAAAAGGGAGUUUGUCCCAUGCCCCAAAGUUGAUUCUUCUGUGGUUAUGAUCAGACCAAAGGAAGUAACACCUGACGUGAAUCUUCAAGAAUGGCUGGCUUUUACCCGCACUUGUUUUGGGAAGAAGAAUAAGACACUCGGGGCCACAUUCAAGCAGAAGAAGAAGGUUAUGGAGUUACUGAAACUGCGUGAGUGGAACAACAGUUUCGGUCUUAGUGGAGAUGGGGAAGAAGAUGGGUCGUGUUUGGCUACGAAUCCAAGUCUGUUCAAGGAGAGGAUAAUCGGAGUUCUUAGAUCAAGUGGGUUAGAAGACAAGAGGCCGUCCAAGCUUUCUCAUGGAGAGUUGUUACAUUUGCUGUCUUUGUUUAACCAAGCCGGGAUAUUUUUUCAUGACAAUACAAUGCCGAUGUGGAUAGAUCCACACGAAUAAUGAAUUCGAGCAAACCCUCGAGAACUUCAUCGAUGGAAUCAUUCCUCAAGAGACACUCAGCCACAUCCGCAGGAGAAACCUCAGCGGCAUUAAUG